AGGACCUCUGAUCCGAGUGCCAAAGUAGGGGAGAUGUGUCACUGACCGGGCUGCGAUGGUACUUGCUGCCUACUGCGUGAUCGCUUGCUCUCUAAGUAAAAUGAGACACAGAGCUGUUGCUGAGACGAGUGGGAACAGCACUUUGAUUUGCUGGUUUAAUUAAAAAAAUGAUAAAGGACUGAAGGAAAAGGUGAAUGUGGACCACAAGUUACAAACCCAGACACACCUGGAAAAGGAGGACGAGAAGAAUUAAAUCUAGAAAAGCCCAGCGGAGAUAAACGAAUGUCCCCACACCUCCAAAGGAAAGUUCAUCGAAUUUUUACUCUAGAGAUCUCAUCUUCAGGAUGUCAUUGAACACUUCCAGUACAGGAAAAGGUGUGGAUCCAAACACAGUUGACACUUACGACAGUGGUGAUGAUUGGGAAAUCGGUGUUGGGAAUUUAAUAAUUGAUCUGGACGCAGAUUUGGAGAAGGACAGACAGAAAUUUGAGAUGAGUAAUUCUACCAAUACCACCAGCAGCAGCAGCACCAGCUCCAAGGAUUGUGGGGCUCUGGCUUCCAGUGGGGCUAAUACUACCUCAGCCUUAGCUGAUGGCCUAAAAUUUGCUUCUGUUCAGCCCUCCGCUCCCCAGGGGAAUUCCUCUCACAAAGAGACUACUAAAUCAAAAGUGAAAAGGAGUAAAACUUCUAAGGAUUCUAAUAAAUCUCUGCCUUCUGCUGCCUUGUAUGGGAUUCCUGAGAUCGGCAGUGCUGGCAAAAGGCAGGAAGUCCAAGGGCGCCCUGGAGAGGCAACUGGCAUGAAUUCAGCACUGGGUCAAAGCGUGAGCGGUAACCCAAACGGCAAUAUUAACAGCACCAGCAGCACCACCGCCAUUGCCUCUUGUGGGAAAAACAAGGAGGAGAAACCAUGUAAAAACCAGGGCAGCCGAGGCGCCAAGCGGGAUAAAGAUGCGGGGAAGUCCCGGAAGGACAAGCAGCACGACGUGCAGCUGGGCCCCCCCAGCGGCCCUGGGGGCGGCGGCGGUGGACAGGGCCCCUCCGGGCACCUUUAUGGCUACGGGUCCAAGGGCGGUGGGGGCAGCGGCAGCCCCUUCCACUGCACCGCAGCCGCUGGGGAAGUUAGCAAAGGCGCCCCGGAUUCAGGGUUAAUGGGGAACUCUAUAUUGGUAAAAAAGGAAGAGGAGGAGGAAGAGAGCCACAGGCGAGUCAAGAAAUUGAAGACAGAAAAGGUUGAUCCCCUGUUUACAGUGCCUGCACCUCCACCUCCAAUUUCCAGCAGUAUCACACCUCAGAUUCUGCCUUCCUACUUUUCUCCAUCUUCAUCCAAUAUUGCAGCACCAGUUGAGCAGCUUUUGGUACGGACUCGUUCAGUGGGUGUAAAUACUUACGAAGUUGGAGUAGUAACAGAACCCGAAUGCCUUGGACCCUGUGAGCCUGGGACCAGCGUGAACUUGGAAGGAAUUGUGUGGCAUGAAACUGAAGAAGUGACUGAGCCUAUACUGCUCAACCUUGCUUUCAUGCAGAACUGGCAUUUGUGGAUCCUUAAAAGCCCGAGGGAAGCUGUGACACCCUCUAGUUGGGAGAUUUGUGUCCUGGUGGUAAACGUUACGUGGAGGAACAAGACUUACGUGGGAACGCUGCUGGACUGCACAAAGCAUGACUGGGCCCCUCCCAGGUUUUGUGAAUCUCCAACGAGUGACCUGGAAAUGCGAGGAGGAAGGGGUAGGGGGAAGCGGGCAAGGUCUGCUGCAACUGUGGCUGUACCUGGAAAUGAUACAAGUUUCACUGAGUCUAGGGGACUUCAGAGUAAGAAUCGAGGUGGUGCUAAUGGAAAGGGAAGGAGGGGUAGCCUUAACUCAAGUGGACGCAGGACACCCCCAAAUUGCUCUGUGGAUGAAGUCAAAGCCAGCCCCUCUUCAACAAACAAGAGAAAAACUAAGCCUCCUAUGGAGCUAGACUUAAACUCCAGUUCAGAGGACAGUAAGUGUGGAAAACGUGUUCGUACUAACUCCAGGAGCACUCCAACCACCCCACAGGGGAAACCAGAGGCUACUUUUUUGGACCAAGGCUGCUCUUCUCCGGUGCUGAUUGACUGUCCUCACCCCAACUGCAACAAAAAGUACAAGCACAUUAAUGGACUACGAUACCAUCAGGCUCAUGCACAUUUAGACCCAGAAAACAAACUGGAGUUUGAGCCUGACAGCGAGGACAAAAUUUCAGACUGUGAGGAACCAUUGAGUAAUGCGGCACUUGAAUGCAGUGAAGCAAGCACAAAUUUGCCAGGCUUUGAUCCACUAAAAGCACCAACAUCUCCUUCCUCUGUUACUACCCCAGGAACCCCCAAGGGAAAAAGGGAACCGACCAGCAAUGGCACCAGUUCAGUUAUCAGUUGCAAAACUGGCAAGAAUUCAGGCAAAAAGAAGGGUCUGAACAGUGAACUGAACAGCCUUCCAGUAAUUUCUAACAUGUCAGCCACACUGGAUAAUUGCUCUGUAACAGAUGGCAAUUUGCAAACUGAAAUGCCAAAACUGGAGGCCGAAGGGUUAAUAGACAAGAAGAGUUUGAGUGAUAAAGGCAAGAAAGCUAAUAACUGCAAAGUGGAUAAAAACAUUUCCAAACUGAAAACAGCCCGGCCCAUUGCCCCAACGCCAGCACCGGCUCCUCCCCAGUUAAUAGCUAUACCUUCUACAGCCUUUACAACCAGCACUACAGGGACAAUACCAGGACUGCCCUCUCUAACAACUACUGUUGUUCAGGCUACACCAAAGAGCCCUCCGCUAAAACCUAUUCAACCAAAGCCCACAAUUAUGGGAGAGCCAAGCACUGUAAACCCAGCUCUCACAUCACUCAAAGACAAAAAGAAAAGGGAGAAGCGUAAGCUAAAGGACAAAGAAAGCAAAGAGAGUGGAAGCCCUAAAAUGGAUUCUAAGCUGGGAAAGCUAGAGGAUUCAAAAGGGUCUGGGAAAGAUUUAUCUGGACAUUUUUUAAAGGACCAUCUCAAUAAGAAUGAAGUGUUAGCUAAUGGACUUUCUGAGUCUCAAGAGAGCAGGAUGGCAAGUAUUAAGGCUGAAGCUGAUAAGGUUUACACAUUCACAGACAAUGCGCCCAGCCCUUCUAUAGGGAGUGCCUCCAGGAUGGAAUGCAGCACUUUGGUGAAUGGACAAUCUUCAAUGGCGCCACUGCAUGUGUUAACACAAAAUGGUGCGGAUAGCGCUGCUGCCAAAACCAACAGCCCUGCUUACUCUGAUAUUUCUGAUGCAGCUGAUGAUGGUGGCUCUGACAGCCGGUCAGAGGGUGUGAGGUCAAAGGCCAGCUCUCCUUCGGAUAUCAUUUCUAAUAAGGACAGUGUUGUAAAAGUACAUUCUUCAACCGCAUCACAGUCGGCACAAGCGAAAGAGUCCCAUUCUCCCUAUUACCAUGGCUACGAUCCUUAUUAUUCUCCAAGUUACAUGCAGUCUGGACAGGUCAGUGCCCCAGCAGCUGGAAACUGCAGUACCCCACAGGGACUGAAGAUCAAAAAAGAGGCAGAUGAAGAGGCUGAAAAGAAGGAGAAGGGGGAACCGUCAGAAGCCAAGAAGAAUGAAAGUGGUUCCUCUAAUUUGCAGCCACAACAUCAGUCAGUAAUAACACAAAGACACCCUGCACUUGCUCAGUCACUUUAUUAUGGACAGUAUGCCUAUGGGCUCUAUAUGGACCAAAAGUCCUUAAUGGCCUCUAACCCUGCUUACAGACAGCAGUAUGAAAAAUAUUAUGAGGACCAGCGGCUAGCAGAGCAGAAGUUGGUACAGACUGGGAGGGACUGUGAAAGGAAGAAUGAACCUCCGUUGAAGGAAAUUGGAAAGGAUGAUAAGCAGAAAAAUAUUCCGUCUGCAACUAUUUCAAAGGCUCCUUCAACUCCGGAGUUGAGCAAAAAUAACACUAAAAUAGGGUCUUUGGUCCCUAGCAAAGGUGAGGAGACAAGCAAAUCACAGAUCCUUUCCAAUCACCAGCAGCAGCUUCAGUCUGACAGUUUCAAAGCCAAACAAAUGGAAAACCAUCAGCUCAUAAAGGAGGCUGUGGAGAUGAAAUCUGUCAUGGACUCCAUGAAGCAAACGGGCGUAGAUCCAACUACAAGAUUUAAACAGGAUCCAGAUACACGAACAUGGCAUCAUUAUGUCUAUCAGCCUAAAUACCUUGAUCAGCAAAAAUCAGAAGAACUUGAUCGGGAUAAAAAGUUAAAAGAAGACAGCCCUAGAAAAACACCUAACAAGGAAAGUUCCCUGCCUAACCUUCCUGUCUCAUUAGCAAGCAUUAAAGAGGAGCCUAAAGAGGUCAAGCGUUCUGAUUCUCAAUCAGUGGAUGAGAGCAAGAUAAAAAAUGAUGAUCGAAAGACUCCUGUAAAUUGGAAGGACUCUCGAGGUGCUAGAGUAGCAGUUUCCUCACCAAUGAGUCAGCAUCAGUCAUAUAUCCAGUACUUGCAUGCUUAUCCUUAUCCACAGAUGUAUGAUCCCAACCAUCCAGCCUAUCGAGCAGUCUCUCCUGUCCUAAUGCACAGCUAUCCUGGGGCAUAUCUCUCUCCAGGAUUUCAUUACCCAGUUUAUGGGAAGGUGUCAGGGAGAGAAGAGGCGGAGAAAGUCAGUACCAGCCCAAGCAUCAACACAAAAUCAACCACUGAGUCCAAAGCACUGGAUUUGCUCCAGCAGCAUGCCAGCCAGUAUCGCAGCAAGUCUCCUGUUCCCGUGGAAAAAUCGGCAGCUGAGCGUGAACGGGAAGCAGAAAGGGAACGAGAUCGUCAUUCACCUUUUAGCCAGCGACAUCUCCACACACACCAUCACACACAUGUUGGAAUGGGUUACCCGCUUAUACCUGGACAAUAUGACCCAUUUCAAGGAUUGACCUCUGCUGCCCUUGUUGCCACUCAGCAGGUGGCUGCGCAGGCAUCUGCAUCUGAGAAUGAUGAGUUUGGAGAUGUACAUUGUCAUGUGACUGGAUCACAUGAGGAAGCGCUUUAUUACAGACAUCAGUUCCAUGGUGUUAAUUUGAGAUGCCUUAAUGGCAGGCAAAAACCAGUCAUUUCAUUUUUGUAAAUUGCAGAUUUUAUCACAGAGUAACAAAUGUUGCUGUAAUUAGACUUCUGUUUUUAUAUAUAUAUAUGCGUAUAUAUAUAUACAUAUAUAUAUAAAAAUAUAUAUAUAUUCUUUACUUUUUUUGUAUCAAUAACCAGGCUCACACACAGGGUCUGCUGCUAAGUUGCAAACCACCUAGUAAAAGGAGAAAUGUAUUUGUCAUGUUUAGAAAGUGUUAACCACAAAAGGUUGUUUGUUUCUUUUCUCUUCUUCUGUUUCCUUUUUUUUUUUUUCCUUUAAAUUGUAAAUAAAUAAUGUUAUGUAUCAGUGUGCCUGAACCUUGCGUACCCUUCUGAUAUUUCCCACAAGCUCUCAGAGAGGCUAACUGUGAUGACACUUUGGUACAAUGUAGAUGUCUAUUUGGUGGCUUCUAUUAAGAUGCAUCAGUGUAAAAUGUUACUGUAUUCGCUGUUUCAUUGUAAUUGUGUAUUGUGAAAAAUAUACCUUUGGAAGGCAUGGGGAUCUUAGUACCACAAAAACUGUGUUGUACAUAAUGUAAAAUUUUUAAAUGGAAAAUAAUGAGCAUCUGUGAAUAAUGAAAUGUCUUUUUUGAUAAUCUUGAAUGGCAGAUAACCAAUAGCCUGCAUAACAGAAGACAUCUGUGAUUGUUCUAUUACUUGAAUAGUCCUGCAGUCUUUUUUUUAAUGUUUACAAUUAUCCAGUUUUAGAAGAGAGACUUUAAUGCCAUUGCCUGGUUACUUGUUUUAUGCUGUAAUCUAGUUUAUUUUAUGUAAAAUGUAUAUUGAAUGCUUUCAUUUUUAUACCUGCCUUAAAUAAUUUGGCAAUCAGAAUAAAGAAAAAAAGUUGUUUUUGUACUUUCUUGGUGUCUAUGGGCCACUUCAAAAAUGUGUGUUGUAGGCGUAGGUAGCAGAGCCUGAAGUUGCCACACAACUCCUAGUCUGUGUCUCAGAAGCAUUCCCUGGGACUCAGUUACCAGUGUGCCCAGCAGCGAUUCUCUGCCUUCCUUGCUGGGCCUGCAGUGCUGUCUUCUCCCAGGGGCAAUGUGGGACCCAAGCAGCAGACCGCUUUCUGUUGACCCCAGAAGGCUUGGAAGAGGCCCAUGGUAGACUCAGGUGGCAUUUGUGGUACUUGAAAAGGCACUACAGGUUUGCCUUUUUUAGCACAGCUGUGUUACUAUAAAAUACAGGUGAUUUUUGUGUGAUAUCUGUAUUGCCCUCAAAAAUAAGCAGGUGCACAAAAAUGGAGAACAUAUAGCUUAAAAGAAAAAGGCCAUUGCUGUGCUUAACCAUUGGUACCUGUAUUACCACAAAAUAAAUGUAUUUUGUGGCCAUAUCGCCUAUGUUGUUAUAUUGCACUAAACACAGUACACAGGAUUACGAAGACACUAAUUGUAACUUGAAAAAAAAAGUCAGAUUUACUGGUCAGGUUUUUGAGGCUUUAAAUUCUAUCCUUUCCUACAUAUCCCAGUUGUAUCACUUGUUGAAACUAUUUUUUAAAGUUUAAUAUUGUUUUGGUUUU